AUGGAAGACGAACUGGCUGCUGCUGGGAACAGGCUUCUUCAGCCUCUGGAUUCUGUUGAUGAACUCCUGCCUUUGCUUGAUCAAACUGAGGUUAAUCUCUCAAAAGUGGAGCAGUCACCUUCCAGAACCAUGCAAACUGCUCUUUCUUCACUGAUGAAGGCAUUGGUUGCGGAUGAGCUUUUGAAGCAUUCAGAUAUUGAUGUGAAAGUUGCAGUAGCUUCUUGCAUAAAUGAAAUAACCAGAAUUACUGCACCAGAAGCUCCAUAUGAUGAUGAGAAAAUGAAGGAUAUCUUUCAAUUGAUUGUAUCAUCCUUUGAGCAUUUAUAUGACAAAUCCAGCAGAUCUUAUGCUAAGAGGGCCAUGAUACUGGAAACUGUUUCCAAAGUGAGGUCAUGUGUCAUCAUGUUGGAUUUAGAAUGUGAUCAAAUGAUAACUGAGAUGUUCCAGCAUUUCUUUAAAGCCAUAAGAGAUUAUCACCCAGAAAAUAUAUUCUCUUCCAUGGAGUCCAUUAUGACUCUCAUAUUAGAAGAAAGUGAAGAUAUUUCUCCAGAACUGCUUACCGUCCUUUUGGCCAGUGUGAAAAGGAACAGCGAGGAGCUUCUGCCAGUUGCAAUGAACUUGGGGGAGAGAGUAUUUGAGAAUGAGGUCGUCGCUUCUAUCUGCAAAGAGACUGACGGUCCUGUUGGUCAUAACAUCGACAGUACCCAUGGCGACCAGUUGGUUAUUGAGAGGACUUCUGCUAGUGAUUCUUCAGAUCGGGUUUUGCCAACCCAGGUGGCUAUAGAUUUUACAGAAGAGACAAGUUUUGUAGAACAAAAUCUCAAUGCGAAAAGUUCACCCAAGGCAAUUGUGAGUAAUGGUGUUGACGAGGCUGGAAAUAGAGGAAUUGUGACUGAUGCAGAUUUUAAGAAGGAAGAAUCCCUUGAUGAUAAAUUGACAUCCAAGACCGAGUCUGAUGAUUUGGUCGCUCAAAAACCAAUUAGUUCAGAGCCUAAGCCUGAGCAAGCUUCUAAUGAAAUAGGAGGGGAACCUAACUCUUCAAAUAAUAUAAUAGGAACUUCUAAUAUUGUUGAUGGUGAAAAAGAAACGGAGCAAGUGUCGGAUCAGCAAGACAGUGAGGGCAAAGUUAUUCGUGUUUCCCCUGGUGAAGAGGCAUCAGUUGGGACAGCACAAUCUUUGGACAAAGUAAAAGAGGCUGGGAAUAAUCUUUCUCCAAAAAAUCUUUCUAACAGAGAGGCUCUAAAUGUUGUAUCUCCAUCUCCAACUGGUAGUCUUCAUGACGAGAGUCGUCCUAAGAAGGGUCGGAAGAAAAGGAAAGAAAGCUUGAUUAAAGAAAAGAGAGUUUCUGAUGAUGCUGCUUCUGAGAAGGCAUUUGAUGGAGCAAGUGACUUGGAAGCAAAGAAGAGGAGGCGCGUAGGAAGAAAAGAACCUGCUGAGAUUUCUAAUGAGAAUGAAGUAUUGGCUGAGAAAGAUGCAAGCAAAGAUGGUGGCCCCACGAGUCAUUCAGAGGAAAAAUUGCCAAAUGAGACUGUCAAACCAGUGGGUUCCAAUAAAAGAAAGAAGGAUGGAUCCUCAUCAAAGAAGGAAAAUGGCAUCAAGCGUGGGCGUGUAAAAGCUGGAGUAGCGAAAGAUGUAUUGAAAUCUUCUGCAAAAGAUGAUGCCAGACACACGGUUGCUUCGCUGAGGUCUCCUAGAAAAUCAAAUAAAGAUGAAGGCAACCAGGAAGAAACCCCAAGGAUGAGUAUCAAAAGGAAGGGUACUCCAAGCACGGACAAAGCAUCCGGGACUAUUGAGUAUGGUGAGAACUUGGUUGGUUCAAAAGUUAAAGUUUGGUGGCCAAAAGAUCGCGCGUUUUAUGAAGGUGUUGUUGGUUCUUUUGAUUCUGUCAAAAAGAAGCACAAGAUAUUGUACAAGGAUGGAGAUGAAGAGAUAUUAAAUCUUAAAAAUGAAAAGUGGGAAUUUGUUGAAGGUGGCUCGGCGAUGGAUGCGGGGCAACCAGUUGAAUGUGCAAGUGCUGAUAUUCCCUCUGAAAUGAAAACGAAGAAAGCUAAAACAAAUCCCGAGGCAUCAAGUAAUGAUGGAAAGAUGAAAAUAUCACGUAAAAGUAAACUGAAAAACACCGCAACAAGAUCUGGUAAAUCUAAGCAGGAUGCCAAAGCUGACCCUAAGGCUGAUGAUGACACCUCAAGUUCUGGUGGUAAAUCUCUUGAGGAUUCCCCUAAAGCAUCAGGCAAAACUAAAGACGUUGAUGCGGUGAAGACUUCUGGUCAUUCUAAGCAAGACACACAAAAGACUCCCAAGUCUAAAGAAAAGAGCCCUCGAAGUUCCCAUACAGUCGGUGCUAAUGGUAAGCGCAAGACGAAAUCCAGUAUGUCGAAGUUUUUGAAAGAAACUGAUCAUGUAAAGGAGAAAACAAACGAUUCUGGGAAAAGGUCAGAGAUCAAGAAGGGAAAAUUGCAUGAUACAUCUGCACCCCCAGAAAGUGGGAAGAAGCGUCGACGAGGAGCAGCAACUUGA